AUGGUACUAGCUGAUACUAGCUGGUACUACCUGAUGGUACUACCUGAUGAUACUAGCUGGUACUACCUGAUGGUACUACCUGAUGAUACUAGCUGGUACUACCUGAUGGUACUACCUGAUGAUACUAGCUGGUACUACAUGAUGGUACUACCUGAUGAUACUAGCUGGUACUACAUGAUGGUACAACCUGAUGAUCUGUAUCUGAACCAAUCAGUGCCGUACCUGGAGGAGCCACCUGACCCGCUGCAGUUCUACCGCGACUGGAUUGGUCCUAACAAGCCCUGCGUCAUCCGCAAUGCCUUCAACCAUUGGCCGGCUCUGUCCAGGUGGACUCCAGAGUACCUGAGGGAGAAGGUGGGGUCAAAGGUCAUCAGCGUGGCGGUGACCCCUAACGGCUACGCCGACGCCGUGAGCGGCGAUCGCUUCGUGAUGCCGGAGGAGCGACGGAUGACUUUUUCUUCUGUGCUCGACGUCAUCGAGGGGAAGGUGCAGCAGCGUGGGGUCCUCUACGUCCAGAAGCAGUGCUCUAACCUGCUCGAUGAGCUUCCUGAGCUGACGGACGACGUGGAGCCUCACGUCUCCUGGAUGAGCGCCGCACUCGGUGAGUUCACGUGAGCAUUUCUUUGGUACAGGCCCACUGACCUCAGCGGGACACGUUUCAUUAUCUACUGACCU